AUUUCACCUGCUAGUUGUACCAAAUGUUCCACGAUGAGAGGGGAAAAAAAUGCCGGAGACCUCCGUGGCGUCACACCGGCUGCUCAGAGCGUUUCCCGAAUACAGCGCACCUUCCUGGAUCACACCCGGUGGCUCCCUCUGGUUCUAUACUCUGGUUCUCCUGAUAGUGGCAAUUUGGUAGAAGUAAUGCCAUGAUAUUUGAUUAGGACUAAUCACCACAAACUUGACAAACUUGUCAUUGUACACACAUUUGAUCUCACCUGCUGUACUGACAUGUUUUAAAAUAUGAAUAUGAAUAAAAUACAUGAUAGGACUGUUUAGUAAGAUGUAGUGUAUUAGUGUAUAGGUUACACACGCCUGUACCCAAGAGUGAGACGUCCUGUUUAUGUUCCAGCUAUGCCGCCGCUCUUGUGACGUCACUACGUCAAAAGACGCCCCCCCCACUUCCAACGAGCGGCUUCCUCGUGAGUCUCCACCCUGCAAUUUAGCGGUGCCAGUUGUACUCUCCAACAUACACAUAAUAUCGUUUACUGAUACACUUAUCGAUACGCUGGUACACUGCAGACGCCGUCAUCAGGACGCCUGGUGGUGAGGAGUUGAGCGACGCAAGCAGACAUGAUGAACAUACGUGAAUACUAUGCUGGCAAAAAUGUGCUGAUGACUGGUGCAACUGGCUUCAUGGGAAAGGUGCUGCUGGAGAAGCUGCUGAGGUCAUGCCCAGGAGUUAAUGCUGUCUAUGUGAUGGUCAGGUCCAAAGCUGGCCAGGACUCCCAGGCCCGUGUUACUGAAAUGAUCAGUAGCAAGUUGUUUGACAGGUUGCAAGAUGAGCAGCCAUGCUUUGCGGAGAAGAUCAUCCCAGUGAAUAGUGACCUGACAAAGCCAGAACUGGAUCUGAGUAAGGAGAAGCAGAGUGCGCUGGCUGAAACCAUUCAUGUUGUCUUCCACUGCGCCGCCACCAUUCGCUUCAAUGAGCCACUAAAAGAUGCAAUGCAGUUGAAUGUCUUGGCCACUCGGAAGAUGCUGGCUUUGGCCCAUAAGAUGAAGCAUCUGGAAAUCUUCAUCCAUGUGUCCACAGCUUAUGCCAACUGCGAUCGUGAGCUCAUUGAGGAAGUCGUCUACCCUCCUCCCGUAGACUACGUCAAACUCAUUGACGCUCUGGAUUGGAUGGAUGACGAGCUUGUGUCCGCACUGACUCCCAAGCUGAUAGGGCAGCGUCCCAACACUUACACCUACACAAAAGCACUGGCGGAGUAUCUGCUGCAACAGGAAGCUGGGGACCUCAACGUUGCCAUUGUCAGACCUUCCAUUGUGGGAGCCAGCUGGAAAGAACCGUUUCCAGGUUGGAUCGAUAAUUUCAAUGGACCCAGUGGAAUAUUCAUUGCUGCAGGUAAAGGGAUCCUACGCACGAUGAGAGCGUCUAACGACGCUGUCGCUGAUCUGGUGCCCGUAGAUGUCGUCAUCAACGCCACGCUGGCUGCUGCCUGGUACUCGGGAUCGCGGAAAAGCAGCAGGCCCAAAUCCAUCCUGGUGUACAACUGCACCACCGGCGGCAUCAACCCCUUUCACUGGGGACAAGUUGAAUACCAUGUAAUAUCUACUUUCAAGAGGAACCCCCUCGAGCAGGCGUUUCGUCGACCCAAUGUUAAUCUCACGUCCAAUCACCUGAUCAAUCAGUACUGGAUCGCUGUGAGCCAUAAAGCUCCAGCCUUCUUGUAUGAUGUGUACCUCAGGUUGAUUGGACGAGAGCCCAGGAUGAUGAAGACCAUCAGUCGCCUCCAUAAAGCCAUGAUGGUGCUGGAAUAUUUCACCAGUCACUCCUGGCUGUGGAACACAGACAACGUCACCAUGUUGAUGGCCCACAUGAGCCCUGAGGAUAAAAAGGUGUUUAACUUCGACGUCCGUCAACUGCACUGGGCAGAGUACAUGGAAAGUUACUGCAUGGGCACCAAAAAGUACGUACUCAACGAAGAGCUGUCAGGGCUGCCUGCCGCACGCAAGCACCUCAACAAGCUGAGGAACAUCCGCUAUGCCUUCAACACCGUCCUGGUGGUGCUGAUUUGGCGCGUUUUCAUCGCCCGCUCUCAGAUGGCGCGAAACAUCUGGUACUUUGUGGUGAGCCUCUGCUUCAAGUUCCUCUCCUACUUCCGAGCCUCGUCCACCAUGAGAUAAUGAACCAGCUGUGGAAAGUCGCUCAGACAUCCCACUGGAAGCCUGAAGUGAGUGGAAACAUCCGAACAACUCGGUGAACAGCAGGACUGCUACUUGGAAUCCGACCAGUUGAUACAUUUUGUUCAAUAAAGACGCUGUGGGUCAAUAUGUGCUAAGCAAUCCACGUCUUUGCUUUGUUUUUAGCUGACUAAGCUAAUCAGCGGAAUAGCUAAUCCUAUUUCUCCGUUCAUUUUAUCUUUACAAUAUGGUGAGGGGGUAUUAAAAAAAAAAAAAAAAGCUGAGCGCUGAAAAUGCCCUGCUUUUCAUAAACAAGAAUUCAGUAAUCCCUUGCCACUUAUUGCCGUUUUUCAAAAAAAAUUCUGAAUAAAUCAUGCUGUUUUGUGGUCAAAAAAUCUGCAUAUUCAAGCAAAUGUUACGUUUUUUUGUCUAAAUGAGGCACUUUCAAGCAUAAAAAUGUUUAAAUCAGGGGUCACCAACUUGGUGCCCGCGGGCACCAGGUAGCCCCCACGACCACAUGAGGUGCCCGCAAGCCUGCUUUUCAUUCAGGUGUUCAGUUAAUAAUGAAAGAACAGUAGAAAGAAAUGCAUUGUGAAAUACAACAUGUGAGUUGUGGACACCAGCAUUUUGUUCAUGUUCUGGUAAAACAAGCAUAUUCACUUUGUUUGGGUUUAAAAUAAGCUCUGAAAAGAAAUGUUACAAAAAUGAGUAGCUCUUGGCCAUUUUCAUUUUGUAAAAGUAGCUCUCACAAGGACAAACCUUGGUGACCCCUGGUUUAAAUGAAGUAACAUGAAAUAUAAGGCAUUUAGAAGAUGCAUUGUGAUGAUAUGUAGUAUUGUACACUGGUCACUAGGUAGCAGUAAUAUUACUGUAAUGCUGGGUGAGACACACAAGCACCAGACUUGACGGGUUUUUAUUGCAGCUUUGAAUGAUCUCGCAACAGGCAUCAUCAUCCCAAACACGGGCUACUACUGUUGCAGUCAUAACCCAUGCCAAGCUAGACUCUGAACCCCCCGGCGUCACUUCCUGUAUCCACUUCCACUUCUACUAUAUUGGGUAAUAGGAGUGUAAAGGUGCCUCUUGGGGUGUUAUUUUGUGUCUAAAGGGCUCUAAUAACGUUAAAGCGUAUUUAGAAGGUCAUAAAUCUUCUGUCUUAUAUGUCAUAUUUUCUCUUAUUAUGUCUACUAUGUUGGGUAAUAGGAGUGUACAGGUGACUAUAGGGGUGUUAUUUCAUGUCUAGAGGGCUCUAAUAAUGUUGAAAACUAUUUAAAAGGUCAUAAACAAGUGUUCUAUGUCUUAUAUGUCUUAUAUUUUCUAGUGAUGUCUACUAUAUUGGGUAUAAGGUGACUAUAGGGGUGUUAUUUCAUGUCUAGAGGGUUAAAAAAAACAAUUUAGGAGGUGGUAUACAGGGUUUACAUGCUCUAACUGAAUGCUGAAUGUAUUUAUAUACUUUUUUCCAUUAUUUUAUGAAAAAAAAAAUAAUAUCCAGUUAGAAAUCACCCAGUCUAUUCAUUUUUUUUUUUUUUUUUUUUUUUUUUUACAUAUCAAAUGUAUUUAUUUAACACCCCACCCCAGUCCAGCUCCACGACACCCGACGAGAUAAAAAUCCACACAAAACAAUCAAAGAGAGAAGACAAACAAACACACCACCAAAAAAACAAUAACGCCAAUAACGGUAGUGAACAAGUUACGGUAACUUCCAUAAAGGAGGGUUUGCUGUAUUUGUGGCAAAAAUAGCCCUGAGGUACUCGUAAGUUGCAAUACUCCGUGGCUCCGCAUGCCAGUUCUUUAUGUUGGCCAUUUAGGACCAUCAUUUUUGCCAAUUAGUCUGUGUUAUUGUGACAUAAUAUUCAUAUUGGGUGUACAUUCAAUUGCUUUUCUCCGUGUUUUAAGUGUCGGUGGAUGAAUCCGUGUACUUGAUGAUGAAAUGUUGUCAGCAACACGACCAUUCAUGCUUGGAGAAGCUGGGUGUGACCUCGCCCGUGUUUGCCUUUGCCGCUACAACGGCUCAGGCCGCCAAAUAGAGUGGAACUUGUUUAUGUCGCCCCCGUUGAUGAUGACAACUCACCAAUGUCGACCCACAUAUCAAGUGCCGGCCCUCCGUCUUGUUAUUGGUUCCCGUACAUCCAUGAUGAAUUCAGUAGCACCUUCUGCAUCAAAUUGCUGCCACUCGUAACUUUUUUUUUUGGCCCCAUGGCAGGUUAUUUAGCAGUUACACUCGAAUAAUUAAAAAUGCACAGAAAGUGGAUCAGCAACGCGUCGGGCAGGGGUGUCCAAAGUGUGGGCCACAGCAAAAAAUGGAAAAAUCAGCAGGAAUUUUACAAGAAUGAAGUCCAAAUAUUCAGAGAACAACGUAAUUUUAUGCUAAUAACAUCAUAAUAUUAUGAGGAAAAAUAACAUCAUUUUAGCAGCAUAAAGUUGAACUCCAGCCAAGAAAAAUAAAUGUGUUUUUUCUUUGUAGAUACUGAGAAACAAAACAACCAAUAAAGUUGUCAUUUUGGGAAAAUUAGGUUGGGAAAAACCUUCUGAAAAAAUAUUAUGGGAAUAAAAUCAUAAUAUAAAGGGAAUCAUGUCUAAAUAUGGGAAUAAAUUCAUAAUAUGAGAAAGUUCAAAUAUUAUGGGAAUAAAGAUAUAAUACUACAGGGAUAAAAUCUAAAUAUUAUGGGAAUAAAUUAAUAAUGUUAUGAGAAUAAAGUCUAAAUAUUAUGAGAAUAAAGUCAUCAUUACCAGAAAAAAAUUUACAAGAAGAAAGUUGAAAUAUUUGGGAGGAAAAAACAGCAAAAAUGGAAAAGUCAGCAGUAAUUUCACAAGAAUAUUGUUGUACUCUAACAAGAAAACGUCUGAAUUUUACAAGAAUAAUGCCAUAACAUUAUGAGGAAAAAUAACAUCAUUUUGGUCGACUAGAGUUGAAAUUUUAUGAGAAACAAAGCAAACGACUCCAAAGUCUUCAUCCAUUCAGAGGUGGACUUGCUGGUGUGAUUUGGAUCAUUGUCUUGCUGCAGAACCCAAGUUGCUUUCAGCUUGAGGUCACCGACAGAUGGCCGGACAUCACAGCAAGUCUUUCAGGUCCUGAAGGCAGCAAAACAGCCCCAGAGAAAAUAAGACAUAUAACGCUUGUUUUGAACCUUCUAAAUACACUUUUUAACAUUAUUAGAGCCCUCCAGACAUGAAAUAACACCCCUAUAGUCACCCUUACACUCCUAUUACCCAAUAUAGUAGACAUAAUAAGAGAAAAUAAGACAUAUAACGCUUGUUUUCAACCUUCUAAAUACACUUUUUAUUAUUAUUAGAGCCCUCCAGACAUGAAAUAACACCCCUACAGUCACCAACAUCACUUUAUUGUUGACUCAUUUGACAGCAGGCAGCAGCAAAGCAUUUUUUGUUGACCUUGGUGACUCCAAAGAGCCUGACAGGCAGGGCACAAAUAAAGCAGCAGAAUGAAAAUGAACCAACAGACGCAAAAGUUACUUGUACCUUGCCAUGCUUGUAAAGUGUAAAGAGAAGAAGGAUAGAUGUAUGCACGUAUGUAUGCUGGCAGCAUGUAUGUAUGCAUGCAUUUAUGUACUGUAUGCAUGAGCAGCAGCUGCUCAUCCAAAUGGACGCUUUCUCAAGUUGGAUGUCAACAAAUCACUUUGUCGGGAACAAGCGACAAGCCUUUUUCCAAGCAACUGCAGUCGUUCAUCGCUUCGUAUUUUGCAGCUUCACGCUAUCACGGUUUUCAAACAUUUAUGAAUGAAUAAAUCAUGCUGUUCCAUGCUUGAAUACAGCCUAUUAGUAAAAAGGGCAUAUUUAAGCAAAUUUUUGUUUUUCUUUUUCCUAACUGAAGCAUUUUCAAGCAUAACAAUUUCUAAAUGAGUUAAAAUACAAAUGUAAGACAAAGAGAAAAAAGGGUGAUCGGUGAAUUUUGCCCAUUAAACCUAUUUACCACCUUCUAAAUACACUUUUUAACAUUAUUAGAGCCCUGCAGACAUGAAAUAACACCCCUAUAGUCACCUUUACACUCCUAUUAGCCAAUAUAGUAGAUACGCUUCAGAGAUGAGUUUCGGCUUUGCUUGGUUGAUGGCCGCAUAAGUAGCCCGUGUUUUAAAUGUUGUUAUUUAUUAGGCAUUAUUGUGCCUGUUGUGAGAUGAAACCCUGCUGUUCCGCCCAAUAAGUCUGGUGCUCGUGCGACUCAACAUUACAGUAAAGCUCCGUGACUGGUAUACACAACCUCUUCUGAAUGCCUUAUUUUACUUCAUUUAGACAUUUUUAUGCUUGACAAUACUUCAUUUAGGCAAACACACAAAAUUUGUGUCAAUUUGCUUUUUUUAAAAAUUAGUAAUGGACCGUAUUCAACUAUGAAACAGCAUGAUUUAUUCAUGUCGUUUUAAAAGACUGUGAUAGGGUGAAGCCGCAAAAUUGGAGGUGUUAGUACGUGUAUCAUGAAGGAUGUACCUUACACCAUGUUACAUCACAUCUCUCACAUCAUGUAGUAUUUUACAAUAAAAAUGAAAACACCACUAUUGUCUUCUUUGUGC